UUCAAAUUAACUUGGAGUUUGUCAACACAGACUACAAAACAACUGUUUGAUAUUUGAUAUCACAACAUUAAUGAUGAUGCUUUUUCCUUCAGGCCAGUGAGAUGCCGAAACUGACUGAGCAACUAGCAGCUCCUCUGAGACAAAUGCAGGAGUGUGCGAAGCGCAUAGCAAAAGUUUCUGCAGACGCCAAACUGGAAGUGGACGAGGAGACGUAUCUAAGCCAGUUCAAGCCUCACCUCAUGGAUGUGAUAUACGCCUGGGCCAACGGCGCUACGUUUGCCCAAAUCUGCAAGAUGACGGACGUCUUUGAAGGCAGCAUCAUCCGCUGCAUGCGUCGUCUGGAGGAGGUCCUGAGACAAAUGUGCUCUGCAGCCAAGGCCAUCGGCAACACUGAAUUGGAGAACAAGUUUGCUGAAGGUAAAAAAAAAAAAAAAAAGACAAAGUUUUAAUUUUCAAUUUUCAAAAAAAUCAUGAAAACUUCAUAGUAUAUUAUGUCAUUAAAACCUCACGUUGAACUCUUGUGUGCUUGGAAUGCUGGACCAAGAUAUCUUUUUUCUUGCCCCCAAUUCUCAUAAAGU